AUGGGCUCCCUCGAGGAAACAUGUGCGUCUCUGCGCGCACAGAUAUCAGCGACCGAAGAGCAGCUCGCUGGUCUGAAGCGCGAUCUUGCAAACGCCGAAGCGCAAACGGCCAGCCAGGAAAAUGCACGGUGGCCAUUGCUGCAGGAAGAAUAUAAAAGAUAUGGAAGACAGAUGAUUGUGUCGCAAGUUGGUUUGCAAGGUCAACUCAAACUCCGAUCGGCUAAAGUCCUGCUCGUUGGAGCGGGUGGGCUGGGAUGCCCAGCUGCACAAUACCUCGCCGGUGCAGGUGUUGGAACCAUCGGUCUCAUUGAUGGGGAUACUGUUGAGGUAUCGAAUCUGCAUCGGCAGGUGCUGCAUCGGACAGCAAACGUGGGGAAAUACAAAGUGGACAGUGCGAUUGAAUCUCUGCGCGAUCUCAAUCCGCAUCCCAAGUACAUCGCGCACCGAACUCACCUCACUCCUGAAGACGCCCCCGCGAUCUUCCAAGAAUAUGACCUUAUCCUCGACUGCACCGAUAAUCCCGCGACGCGAUACUUGAUUUCGGAUACUGCGGUGCUUUGUGGAAAACCGCUGGUCUCUGCGUCCGCGCUACGGACCGAAGGCCAGCUGAUGGUGUUGAAUAACCCCCCUCGAGCACCGGGUGACAAAACCGGAGGGCCGUGCUAUCGAUGCGUCUUCCCCAAGCCACCACCGGCUGAUAGUGUGGUGAGCUGCGCGGACGGGGGCAUCUUGGGCCCGGUCGUCGGGACAAUGGGAGUCUUGCAGGCUCUCGAGGCCAUCAAGGUCAUCACCACGACGGCUGAUCCUGCUCGUCCACGCGAUCCACCAUCCCUGCAUAUAUUCUCCGCCUAUUCCUCUCCUCUCGUCCGUACCAUCCGCCUCCGUUCGCGACGGGCGAAUUGUGCAGUGUGCUCCAGCGAGGCCACCGUCUCGUUGGAUACCAUCAAGUCCGGCUCAACGGAUUAUGUAUUCUUCUGUGGGUCCGCCAGUCUACCUUCGUUGCUGAGUCCGGAAGAACGUAUCUCUGCCCGGGAUUACAAUAAACAAUACCCGGUGUCCUCUGGCUCAGCACCGUCACACACCAUGAUAGACGUGCGAGACGAGGCUCAGUUUGGAAUAUGCAGUCUGAGCAACAGCAUCAACAUUCCUAUAUCAAGUGUCUUGGCUUCCAAUUCUGCCAAACCAGCAGAAGGGCAAGAAGCUGCACAGAUUCCUGCAUGGGUUCCUCCUGAACUUGCAGCCGAUUCCGGUUCCACCGACCCGAUCUAUGUCGUCUGUCGCUUGGGCAACGACUCGCAGAUUGUGGUGAAGAAGAUGAAAGAGCUCGGGCUCGACCAGCACGGGAAGAGAUUCAUUGGCGAUAUCACUGGCGGUCUACGCUCGUGGAAAGAGCAGGUUGAUCCGGAAUGGCCUGAAUACUGA